CGUCAAACAAAAAUGGUUACUCAUUGAAAGUUUACAAUAUUUUGUACUAAACAUUUAUAACAAUGGAGAAUCAGACUUCAAGUACCACUGACACAAACACCAAUGACAUGGAGGUGCUGAGGAAAAUGGAGGAUGAGCACUGCAGGCUGCAGAGACAAGUCCGAAUGAUCCAAACAGACCGACAGCACCGCACUAUGGGGGUUCACCCUCAGUUCAGAAGACAGGACCAAUUGCUGAGGACCUUGAAGAAGGACUACAUCAGCUUGAUGACCGACUUGAAGAUCGCAAGGUCUGGAGCCCACAAGAGCAGGCGCAAAAAAAUGGAGUACGACCUGAAGAAGUCCAUACUGCUCAGAGUCAAAACUCAGAUGGAGUGCGAGGAUGGUGUUAUAAUGAUGGAGCAGAUGGAUGGAGUGCUACAAGGAAACAACAAGGAAAUGCUCAACUUGAGGAAGCUGGUCAGCGCGUCACAAGGACAAAUGGAGAUGAGACGAAUGCAGUCGGAACACCGGCUGGUGUCCACCGAGAACCAGCUGGAAGCUGCCAUGCUGAGAUUCAACGCGAUACAGUGCGAAAACAAGAAGAUCAGGGAAGAAAUAGAGCAUAUGCUUAAAGACAGGGCAAUCUUCAAGCAAGCUUGGGCGAAAAUGAUGACGGCUCUAGGCAAAGGCAAGAAAUUCCUGAUCGACCUGUUCGAGUCUUCCACGCUGGCUUACGACCAAAGAGACGAAUGGUGUGCCAAGCUGAAGAGUCUUCAGGAGAAGGGAAAGAUGGAUCAGAUGCAGCAAGUGCAGGAAAUGAGAGAUCUACAAAAGGCCUUCGACCACGAGAUGAAGCUGUACCACUUUCUAGCAAGAAAAGGAGUCAUGAGGAUCAACAAGAAGGAGGAACAGAGGGAAGAGGACAGAAAGAGGAAAGAGGAGGAAGACUUGAGGAAACAAUUCGAGGAUCACGUCAAAAUACUCGAUGAAAUUCAUGAUUACACCCAAGAAUCCGACGUGGACAAAAUAAUCGAAUCCUUCGAGCUGGUGGAACACCAAAACUUCUCGAAGUACAAGCUCCUGACGGACUUCUGUGCUGAGAACGUGGUGCUGGAUAGAAGCCUGAGAGAAGUGCGAAGAAACGUGGAGGACAGAAGAGACUGGAACGAAAUGUCGGAUAGAAAGAGACAACAAAAGCUGAUGCAGUUGCGCGAAGAGUUCGAAGCGAAGAAGAAGGUGACAGAUGGAUUGAGAAGUAAGCUGGCAGAACGAGAGCAAUUGCUGAACGAGAAUAUGGAUAAAAUACACGACAUUUUCAGAAUGCUGGACUGCUCCCAGGAGCCAUUCCAGAAGCUUCUGGGCGACAAGCAGCCGUCACUGCAGCAGCUCAACCUUACUCUCUGCCUCAUAUCGGAGAAGAUCAGGGAAUAUAUCCAGACUGUAUAUUACUACGAGCGCUUCAUCCAGAAGAAAAGCGACAAGACCAGCACAUCACGGCUCAAGAAGUACACAGUCCACGCUGAGCCCCCGCACUUCUGGAAGGCAGCUCCGAUCUCAGUCCUCGUGCCAGCCGACCCUUGUCCUUCCUGCGUCGAAGCUCGCUGGCUGUCUCGCGUGUCUGAAACUGACGAAGCUCCGUUCGACCGGCAGCAAGCUCGCGAAGCUUUAGAAGCUCUGGCCAGCGAGCCGGCGUACCUUCGCAGCGACCGCGUGCACCCUCUGACUGAGUGCAGGGUGCCGAGGAGCCGGGCUAUACUUGCGAGACGAUAUUUAAAACAUUGA